UCCUCUGUUCCCUUGUAUCUUUCAUUUUUACUGUCUGCUGUCGCAUUUCUGUCUUGCUUGCUUCCACCCUUUCCAUUGUCCCAUACGAUUCCCCUUCGGCUCUUCCCGUCCGUUUCUAUGCUCCUCAACCGCCAUGAAAGCUAGGGUUAGAGUUUGAUUCUUACCACUCUAAUAACUACCAAUCAUGGCUUUGUCUACUCUACCGUUACCAGAACUCCACUUUCUUUCCUCUCAGAUUACUCCUAGACGUCGUCUUACUGUCUCUAGAUUUUACACGGUUAAGUCUGUCUCUGGGCAUACCGGGUGCAGUGUUGCUAUUCGUACGCAAAUCCGCGCCGUCAAACAAGAAGUUGCUUUAAUCGAAGAGAAAGAGAAGGAAUUGGUGAAGAGAGUAAAUGAUAUAGAAUGGAGUGGCAAUGGAGCAUCCGGUACUAGCGGGAGUAAUCACGGUACUAAUGGAUCCACAAAGGGAUACGUAAAUGGUAGCUUGGGUGUGGUAGAGAGUGAGAACGGGAGCAACUAUGGGAGCUUGGUGAAGUAUGUGAAUGGAAAUGGUGCAGCGGCUGAAAUUUUGGAAGAUGUUGAGGCCUCCAAACUGAAGGAGGAUGGAAGGAAGAGAAGGAUUGAGGAGAUUGGCAAAGAAGACGCCUGGUUCAAAAAAUCGGGGGAAAACCAGGUCGAGGUUGCAGCUGCACCUGGAGGUCGUUGGAGUAGAUUCAAAACGUACUCGACAAUUCAGAGAACCUUGGAAAUUUGGGGAUUUGUUGUAACAUUUAUCUUUAAGGCUUGGUGGAACAACCGGAAGUUCUCUUACAAAGGAGGAAUGACUGAGGAAAAGAAAACCUUAAGACGGAAGGCCCUUGCCAAGUGGCUGAAGGAAAGCAUUCUGAGACUAGGUCCAACUUUUAUCAAAAUUGGCCAGCAAUUCUCCACAAGGGUGGACAUUCUUCCACAAGAAUAUGUUGACCAGUUAUCGGAAUUACAGGAUCAAGUUCCUCCUUUCCCCUCAGAGACUGCUUUAGCCAUUGUUGAAGAAGAGCUUGGAGCACCUAUAGGUGACAUCUUUGAUCGAUUUGACUAUGAACCAAUUGCUGCUGCAAGUCUUGGUCAGGUUCAUCGUGCAAGAUUAAAGGGACAGGAGGUUGUUGUUAAAGUGCAAAGACCUGGUCUCAAGGGUCUUUUUGAUAUUGAUCUUAAAAACCUGAGGGUUAUUGCUGAAUAUCUUCAAAAGGUUGAUCCAAAAUCCGAUGGGGCAAAAAGAGACUGGGUGGCUAUUUAUGAUGAGUGUGCCUCUGUCUUAUAUCAGGAGAUUGACUACACCAAGGAAGCUACUAAUGCAGAGCUCUUUGCUAGUAACUUUAAAAACAUGGAUUAUGUUAAGAUCCCUAUAAUCUUCUGGGAUUAUACCACACCGCAGGUGCUGACAAUGGAAUAUGUUCCAGGGAUUAAAAUAAACAAAAUACAAGCAUUAGAUCAGCUUGGGGUUGACCGCAAAAGGUUAGGGCGAUAUGCUGUUGAGUCAUACUUGGAACAGAUUCUAUCACAUGGUUUCUUCCAUGCUGACCCACAUCCUGGAAAUAUUGCGGUUGAUGAUGUCAAUGGUGGCAGAUUGAUAUUUUAUGAUUUUGGAAUGAUGGGAAGUAUUAGUCCAAACAUACGAGAAGGUUUGCUUGAAGCAUUUUAUGGAGUUUAUGAGAAAAAUCCAGAUAAGGUCCUUCAAUCAAUGAUUCAAAUGGGUGUUCUUGUCCCAACCGGAGAUAUGACUGCUGUUAGACGUACAGCACAAUUCUUCCUCAACAGUUUUGAAGAGCGUCUAGCUGCACAGAGGAGGGAGAGAGAGACAGCAACAGCUGAACUUGGAUUCAAAAAGCCAUUAAGCAAGGAGGAAAAGAUGAUGAAAAAGAAAGAACGCUUGGCUGCUAUUGGUGAAGAUUUGUUAUCCAUUGCUGCAGACCAGCCCUUCCGGUUUCCUGCAACAUUCACAUUUGUUGUUCGAGCAUUCUCAGUGUUGGAUGGCAUUGGUAAGGGGCUUGACCCACGAUUUGACAUUACUGAGAUUGCCAAACCUUAUGCUUUGGAAUUGCUAAGAUUUCGUGAAGCAGGGGUUGAAGUUAUCCUAAAGGACUUCAGAAAGAGGUGGGACAAACAGUCUCGAGCAUUUUAUAACUUAUUUAGACAGGCUGAUAGGGUUGAAAAGCUUGCUGACAUUAUCCAAAGACUGGAGCAAGGUGAUCUGAAGCUCCGAGUUCGAGCUCUGGAAUCUGAGAGAGCAUUUCAACGUGUUGCCACUGUCCAGAAGACAAUAGGAAAUGGUGUUGCUGCCGGGAGCUUCAUAAAUCUUGCUACAGUUUUGUAUCUCGGUUCAAUUCGCGUACCUGCCAUUAUAGCAUAUGCCUUGUGUGCAUUUUUCAGUUUUCAAGUUCUCAUUGGCAUUGUGAAGGUCAAGAAGCUAGAUGAACGAGAACAGUUGAUAACAGGGACAUCUUAAUCAACCAAAGGAGGAUGGAUAAUGUAGCUAGUGCUGGUGCUACUUGCUAGUUGACGUCCAGAACGAGAAUAUGGUUAAAUGCUCAAGGAAAGCUAAAUUCAUCCUUUCAAAAGACGUCAACAUAUGCAAAAAAUUCUGGCCGGCAAAUUACAUGUUGUGACUUGUGAGUGUUUCUACAGGCUCGAGGCUUCUGUUAAUUAAUCUCUUAAGAUAUGGGGCACCUAUGAGGUUGCGAAAUCAUUUUUUGUUGUUAACCUGAGCCCCCUUUCCUGGUAUAUUUCCCUUAAUAACAGUUCAGAAAUUGUAUUCUUUACCCUUCUUCCACACCGGCUGUUAUGCAGGCUUAAUGAUAACGUGGCAUUUAUUGUUGUAAGUAGAAUAUGAUAUAGUGCAGCUUACCACAAAAUUUGACAGUGGCAAGCUCAUCCUGAAAUUGACGAACUUGAAAAAAAUAUAAGUGUAUGGCGCCCAUGUGAUGGCUUUAAAUUACAGUUUAAA